ACGAGUGUAUCGUGUAUGGCGGAAUCGUCAGUGCGUGCGUGUGUUACUUGAUUUUUUUUCGUUUUUUCUAUGUCAGUGUAUAGUUUCGCUUCUCCGCGUGCGCUUACGCUGUCCGAUUUUGUUGCCAAACUUCGGAAUUUCGGUUUUCACGUGUAAACUAAGGGCUGUCAUACACCGCGACCCCUUGGGAAUAGGUUUUUUUUUUAAUAUUAGAUAGUUUGUAAUUUUUUUUUUUAUAUAUAUAUAUGUAUAUUUUUUUGUAAACACCGUUAUUACCUAUGCGUUUUUAAUAAAUAAACACAAUCACGGUGAACUCCGUUUCGCGUCAUCCGUCGUAGUUUGUUUUCCUGCCGGCCGUACAACAUCCGCGGUGCUGAAAAAAUGUCUUUCAAGACGUCGUCGGUCGUGUUUGCCGCCGCCUUUGUCGCUCUUUUCGUCCCAUUCGUUUCCUGUUUCACGACGUCCGACGAAAUCUUACCAAAAUUGGUGAUAGAUGAUAAGCUGAGCGGAUAUCAUGGCUUAGUAAAAGAAAAUGAAACGCUUGUUGAAGUUGUUCCAGAAAUUUAUGCCAUUGGUGAUGUUUGUAAUUUUAAUAUAGUGAACAAACAUCAUGGAGAAGCACCUUUUGAAAUCAUUCUUCGUCCAAAUGGUUAUGCUGAACUCCGAGCUCGCAAAACUUUAAAUUGUGAGAAACGUAAAACAUAUAAAUUUGAAAUUGCUGCAGUUUCAUGUUCUGGUUUGAUAUCGGAUAAUGUUACUGUGCAUAUAACUGUGGUUGACAUCAAUGAAUAUGCUCCACUGUUCUUAGAUGCAUCUUAUGUUAAAGAUGUUGAUGAGGGCCAAUUGUAUGAAGAGAUAAUUCGAGUAGAAGCCACAGACCGUGAUUGCACUCCACGUUUUGGUGAUAUUUGCAAAUAUGACAUACUUAAUGAUGAUCAACCUUUCACUAUUAAUAAUGAAGGAAGUAUCAGAAAUACUGAACCAUUAGACUAUGAUCGCAGUCACAAUUAUAUAUUGUCAGUUGUUGCUUAUGACUGUGGCAUGAAGCAAUCUGCUCCUGUUAUGGUCACUAUUAAAGUAAACCGAAUUUGCAAACUGGGUUGGAAAAGUAUUCCCGAAGAAAUUGAUUACUAUCCUACUUCCGGUCGUAAAGAUUUGUUUCCUAAUGCGCAGUUAAGACUAUGUGAUGACCCAUGCCACGUGAAAAAUGUUAAUGCUAAGCUGACUCUAGCAACAUCGCAUAUCGGUAAAGGUUGUGACCGUGAUACAUAUUCUGUUCAAAGUCAAAGAAAACUUUGUGGAGCAAGUAAAGAAAGUGUAGAACUUUUACCCGCUAACCAUGUACCUUUAUCUGCUGGAAACGCAAUUAAGCAUGACGAAGGUCGUGAAUCUGAUCAGAUGUAUGAGUUUGAUGGCAGUAGCACUGCUGUUGCUAUACCCAAUGAUGUUCUUGACCAUGGACUAUCAUCAGCGUUCACUAUCUCUACAUGGAUGAAACAUAAGCCUAUGCCACACCAAGAUAAGCAUGUUAAAGAACAUAUUUUAUGUUCUGCUGAUGACCAUAAAAUGAAUCGUCAUCACUAUGCUUGGUUUGUACGAAAUUGUCGUCUCAUACUUCUUUUGAGACGUGAUUUUUCACAAGGAGAUCUUAAUAUCUUUAGGCCAGCUGAAUGGAGGUGGAAAAUUCCACAGGUAUGUGAUAAUGAAUGGCAUCACUAUGCUGUAUCAGUACAAUUCCCCAAUGUUCAGCUAUACAUUGAUGGAGUACUUUUUAAAUCUGAAAACAAAAACCCUGAAGUUAUUGAUGAUUGGCCUUUGCAUCCAACUAAGGGAAUUAAUACUACUUUGACUGUUGGAGCAUGUUGGCAAGGUUCAGAAAACAAAAUGAAACAUCACCUACGAGGAUAUUUAGCUGGCUUAUCAGUACUCUUGCAUCAACUUGAAAAACCUGAGGUACUCGCAUGUUUACAUAAAUGUAAAGAAAGUUUAGAAGUUCCUGCAAUGGAGUUGUUGGAACCUGGAAUGGAACUGCUAACUAACAGUGAGCUAACUGAAUUAUCAAUUGAGGGUGAUAAUAAGACAAAUUUAGAAGUGUUGGUGAAGAAAAUUGGUUAUUCUAACAGCCGUGACUAUCCAACUCCCGGUAGACGUAAUCUACACUUGACUACGUCUCUUAUUUGUGAAGGUGGUCGUGAAGUGAAGAUGCCUCCCGCUGAAAGCUAUAUAAUGGUCCACCGACCUCAACAACCUAAUAUUAUCAUUAAUGGUACUAACACAGUACCUAGAGAAUACCAUGAAUUUAGACAGGGUGUACAAGUUUUCCCUGAUCUCGCCAUUAGCAUUGAGCCAGAAAGUUAUGAUUAUGAAUCUAAAAACCCUGAAUUGACAAAUGUAUUAGAGCGUCGCAUUGAUUCCUGUAUAAUAUCUGUUUAUCCUUCACUGAAUCCGGACCAUGAGACAUUGACCAUUCCUGCUGAUAUGUUGGCUAAAUUUGGAAUUUCUGCUAAAGUUUCUAAAGACGGUGUAGCUUUCAACAAUGCUGAUAUUGUAUUCCAUUAUCAAGAAGCCUUACGUGAUGUCCAUUACACCAACUUUAAGCCUGCAUACUAUCUAAAUCGUCAAUUCAAAUUGGUCUGUUCUGAAAUGAAUGGAAGGUUUUUGAGUAAUGAAUACAUACAAACUUUGACUGUAAUUCAUCCGAAAUCUCCAACUGUUGUUAAUACUACUUCUACAACACUUCCGACAACUGCUUUGCCUGCUGCUUCAUUAGUUGAAGAAAAUGACGCUGAACCAAAACCAGCUCAUGCUCAAAUUGUACAACAUUCUGUUGAAGCAAAACAAGCACAAACUAUAUUUGGAAAUUACUUGGAUGGAUCUAUUGAUGAACGUGCACAGGCUAUUGUCACUGGUGGUGGACAUGCUGUUACAAUUAUCAUUGUGGUGUGUGUUGGAUUUUUAGUCUUAAUGAUUACAUUAGGAAUUGUGCGUAUUAAGGCCGCCCACCAAAAAGCAACACAGGAUGAAGUCCAGGACACAGAGAUGGCUUGGGAUGAUUCAGCUCUUAACAUUACCAUAAACCCCAUGGAGCAAUUGGAAUGUGAUGGCAGUGGUGCAGUUGGUGGUGCGUUAUCAGCUGGCAAACAUAGGCAUGCUGAAAAUGAAGACGAUUCUUCUGAUGACAAUAUGAGUUAUGAUUAUGACGAUAGUUCAGAUGAUGGUGGUGGCAAUGAAGAAGAUGAUGGUCUACACAGAGGCUGUGCACCUCGUUUAGAAUGGGAUCAUUCUACCAUGUCUAUCUAAGUCGUGUUUUACUAUCAAAAAAUCAUGCACACCAAUACGACUUGCAGCACCUGUCCUUUUAUAGGUUACAUGGUGAUUCUAUUUUUUAAUACUAAACAAAAAUCACUCUUUUUUUGCAUAUCUUUCGAAAACGCUUGACUAACGCGCUUUAGAACAUUUGAAAUUCGUUUUUAGACAUACAAGUUUUAAAUAAAUUAAAGAGUGGGGUUUUGUUGGGAGUCAAUCAGACUUUUACUUAACUUAUUUUGCUGUCCUUAAGUUCAAAUAAAUUACACUAUUAUUUGUUUGCACUGAUAUCAAUUUAUAUUUUAUUAUAAUAUACAUGAUUAAAUGUAACAUUAUAAUCUUGACACUGUUACCGCGCAACUUUCUAUAUUAUAUGAUUAUGAUUUUUUUUGAUUUUUUUUACUUUUUUAUAAUUUUUUUCAGACAUAUCCUAAAUUAUGUUAUUAUUUUAACUAGCACUAUCCCCACUCUUUCUUUAACUUAGUGUUCAUACAUAAAAUGUAUACAUAUAUAUAUAUAUAGAACAAUUUUUUUUUUAAAUGGAGAAGACUGUAAAUAAUGUAUAAAGAAAAGAAACAAAUUAAAGGCUAAUAUUCGCAUUUUUAAUGUGCCAUUCGAUCAAUCAAUAUUAUAUGUUUAGUUUUAUAGUUUUAAAAGCCUUUCAAA